UCUCUCUCUCUCUCUCUCCUCUCUCUCUCCCUCUCUCUCUCUCUCCCUCCCUCUCUCUCUCUCUCUCUCUCUGUCUCUCUCUCUCUCUCUCUCUCUCUCUCUCUCUCCCUCUCUCUCUCUCUCUCUCUCUCUCUCUCUCUCUCUCUCUCUCUCUCUCGGUAGUCAGACUCUCUGAGAGCUGACAAGAAAAGGAGGAAGCAGAGAGAGCGCAGCGCGGUGGACCAGAUAACUCCAAACCAGCAGCUCCUGUAAGCGAACCUUCAGACGCCACCUUAGUCUCCCUCCUGGACCCGGAAGCGUCCCGAGGACCGCCUCUGACAGCCGCAGGACCCGCGCCGGUUCGGUGAAGUCCAGGUAGAGACCCAGAUACAGACCCAGGUAGAGACCAGGUCGCUCAGGUAGACGGGAGAAUGGCAGACUCGGCGGCGGCCAACAGCGACGGGGAGGACGGACCCCGUCCACCCAUGCGGGGCUUCGCGCGCCAGGGAGCCCUCCGCCAGAAGAACGUGCACGAGGUGAAGGACCACAAGUUCAUCGCGCGCUUCUUCAAGCAGCCCACCUUCUGCAGCCACUGCACCGACUUCAUCUGGGGUUUUGGAAAGCAGGGAUUCCAGUGUCAAGUGUGUUGUUUCGUGGUUCACAAACGCUGCCAUGAGUUCGUCACUUUCCAGUGUCCGGGUGCUGAUAAAGGGCCCGAUUCAGAUGACCCGAGGGCAAAGCACAAGUUUAAGAUCCAUACCUACUCCAGCCCGACCUUCUGCGACCACUGUGGCUCUCUGCUGUACGGCCUCCUACACCAGGGCAUGAGAUGUGACCACUGUAUGAUGAACAUCCAUAAGCGCUGCGUGGCCAACGUCCCCAGCCUCUGUGGUACAGACCACACUGAGAGGAGAGGUCGCCUCAUGAUCACCGCUGAGGUCAAGACCAACGUACUCACUGUUACAAUCAAAGAGGGCAGAAACCUGGUUCCUAUGGACCCCAACGGUCUGUCAGACCCCUAUGUGAAGCUCAAACUGAUCCCAGAUCCACGCAGCGAGAGUAAACAGAAGACCAAGACCGUCAAGUGCUGCCUCAACCCCACCUGGAACGAGACCUUUAAAUUCCACCUGAAGGAGUACGAUAAGGACCGCCGCCUCUCCGUGGAGGUCUGGGACUGGGAUCUGACCAGCCGCAACGACUUCAUGGGAUCGCUGUCCUUCGGCAUCUCAGAGCUCCAGAAACAAGGAGUGGAUGGAUGGUUUAAGCUGCUCUCCCAGGAAGAGGGCGAGUACUUCAAUGUCCCCGUCGCUCCGGAGGGGGAGGAGGGCAACGAGGAGCUCCGGCAGAAGUUUGAGAGAGCAAAGAUCGGCCCAGGAAAGAACACAGAAGGAAAGUCGGCCAAUGCCGCGUCCCGCUUCGACUCCAACGGAAACCAAGAUCGCAUGAAGUUAUCUGACUUCAACUUCCUGAUGGUGCUGGGCAAAGGCAGCUUCGGCAAGGUGAUGCUUGCAGAGCGUAAAGGUACAGAGGAGCUGUACGCCAUAAAGAUCCUGAAGAAGGACGUUGUGAUCCAGGAUGAUGACGUUGAAUGCACCAUGGUGGAGAAGAGAGUGUUAGCAUUGGCCGGGAAACCUCCGUUCUUAACACAGCUGCACUCCACCUUCCAGACCAUGGACCGCUUGUAUUUUGUCAUGGAGUACAUAAACGGAGGAGAUCUCAUGUAUCAGAUUCAGCAGGUCGGGAAGUUCAAAGAGCCCCACGCUGUAUUCUACGCUGCAGAGAUCGCCAUCGGACUCUUCUUCCUACAUCUAAAGGGCAUCAUCUACAGAGAUCUGAAGUUGGACAACGUGAUGCUGGACUGUGAGGGUCACAUUAAGAUAGCAGACUUCGGCAUGUGUAAAGAAAAUAUGAACGAUGGAAUCACAACCAAGACCUUCUGCGGCACGCCCGACUACAUAGCUCCCGAGAUCAUAGCCUACCAGCCUUAUGGGAAAUCUGUGGACUGGUGGGCGUUCGGUGUGUUGCUGUACGAGAUGCUGGCUGGACAGCCUCCGUUUGACGGCGAGGAUGAAGAUGAGUUAUUUCAGUCCAUUAUGGAGCAUCAUGUCUCCUAUCCCAAGUCAAUGUCCAAGGAGGCUGUCGCUAUCUGUAAAGGGCUGAUGACGAAGCAUCCAGCGAAACGACUGGGCUGCGGUCCGGAGGGCGAGCGAGACAUCAGGGACCACAGCUUCUUCCGCUACAUGGACUGGGAGAAGCUGGAGAACAAGGAAGUGCAGCCGCCGUUCAAACCUAGAGCCUGUGGACGGGAGGCCGAGAACUUUGACCGCUUUUUCACACGCCACCCGCCGGUGCUGACCCCUCCCGAUGAGGAAGUGAUUCAGAACCUGGACCAGGAUGAGUUCCAGGGAUUCUCCUUUAUCAACCCAGAGUUCCCAGGAACUGUUGAUGCCACCCCUGCCACUGAGCAGGCUUGAUUUCAGCUCAUGCAUGGACACAUGGACACACACACACACACACACACACAUUUACAUAUACACAUACACAAUCAUCCCCCUGGACCGAACACAGAGUAUCCCUGAAAUGAUUUGUGCCGUCACAGGCGGCGAGGAUCUGACUCACAGACGUGGAGUCAGCUUUAAACACAUUGGUGGUUCAUGCUGCUGCAGCCUGGGUGAUGUGUUGGGGUGGUGAUGUGGUCUCACGGUGGUGCAGCAAAUUCAAAAUAAAAGUUAUGACCUGAAUUAAGAGCAUUAAGGGAACGAUAACUGGUAUUUACCCCAUGCUUCUGGGUGAUACCAACUUACUUCUCCAGCUGUUUACUCAACAAGAGGGCCAGGUUGACCGUCCUCUGUGGGUCUUACACUUACAGGUACCUCAAAUAACCCCACUUAAGAUAAAAACAAACUAUCAUUUGACCUAGUUAGCAAUAAGUUUGCUGCUGAAGAGCUUGAGAUUCAAGAGUUUGUUGAAUUUGGAAUUUAUCUGCGUUUAAAAAAUACGUCUGACGCCGAAUUCAAGACGAUAAGAAAUCAACGCCAAACUCAGAUUUGCAAUCUAAGGAUCAAACGAUGCAUGUUUUGCUUUGACAAUGAGCCAUGCAUUAAUUCCAAUUCUCCAAACACACACACUCACACACACACACACACACACACACACACACACACGGUGGCAUCAUCUGCAUACAACAUAUCUACAGCAUUCAAUGUUAAACAACGAUAUUGGUGGAACUUGUGAUUUAACUUUUCUUUAAGUCAUUCCUCGGCUAUUUUAGCGCAUCCUGAGUUCGGCCUGUAUUUCUGGUGUGCUUUUUAUUCAGUGUUUAAUGAUAAUAUUAAUAAUAGUGUCUAUGUUUAUCCUUAUCUUAGCUAAAACUGGAAUGCUUCACAUACUUGUGCAUGAGUUUCUAUAUCAGUAAUAUAGCCCUGGACUCUGUCUCCCAGCAGUGUUUUACCAUCUGCUCCCUGCAUCGUGUGGCUGUUUGUUCCUGAAUGUUUCAAACAUGGAGACGGUCGGCUCAAUAUCAGAUUUCUUCUUCUUCUUCUUUCUUCAGCGAAGGGAACACGAUGUUACAGUGCUGUUGGGAAAUGUAGUCUCUCUCUCUAAGCUUCGAGUUAGUUGAAUAGAUAGAUAAUCCUACUUCUUAUACUCUGAUUCUCUGUUAUCUAGUAUUUAAGUAAUGGAAGAGACUAGUUAGUUUCUGUGCAUGAUACCAAUACCUGGGCGUUUGUUUACAGCGUAUGUGUGUGUGUGCACGUGUAUGUUUUAUAUGUGUGUGAAGGAGUACUGUGUAUGAAUUCAAAUUACUGCGUUUGUAUUUUUGUAUGUGAGUCCAUACCUGCCUUCCCAGCACCUGGAGUCAACAUUUUUAUUUCAUAUCAAACAGUGUUUGUAUGAUCCACUUUACUUCCAGCCAGCUGCUCCACCAGGCAGAAAAUGAAAGGUGGAAGGAGAUGAGAAAACAGCUGUUUCCUGUAGGAAUGCAUGAUGUUAGAAUAAAAUCAGCAGACAGGCAGAUAUUAAAAAGACUCAGCGAGAGAAAGCAAACAACGUGGCGAUAAAAGCAGAGUUAGCGUUGACAUCCUGGACCUCGAUAGUUCCUAAAAAUGAGAAGCUAAGGAAGUUUGUGAGUUUAUAAUCCGUGGCCUGAUUUAAAAAUGCAGGUCAAGUUCUGGAGCAUCCUAAAGUUUGAUGUCCUUGGAGAAGUUUGUGCGAGCAGACGGCCUCCGACUGAACAAGACGUCCAAUAUAUCAUGCAGCCCUACUUCUACGGUCUACUUUCACAGUGCAGGUUUGGAGACAGAGUUUGAGGCUUAAUACACUGUGAUCUGUGUUUUUCAAGAAGCUGUCUGCAUGCGCAAUAAGAACUUCCAUCCCGACUACAGGCAGCAGCAAAUGUGAGCGCAGGUUACGGCUCGUCCUCGUGAGGCAGGAAAAUCCUCCACGUGUGUGUUUUUAUCAUUUGUUUUCCAAAGCUAGCAAUAAUGUUGUUGACAGGAAGGUGCUGAUCCAACCUUCAGAAGGAAAAGCUGGGUGUAGGGCUGUAAUUCAUUAACAUGCAAAGACUGUGAGGUUGUACGGCUUAUUGGUUAGCGGUCUUAUCUCGGCUAAAGGAGAGUGCUGCACCGUGCACGCUCGGGUGGAAGCAGCUGAAGUGCUUCCACAUAUCGCAGGGGUGCAUUCAGGUUCAGACGUCGUGUUUAUCAGGAAUAGUUUUUACAGUGCAAGCAGGAGAACAAGGUCAGUGUUAAAGAUCCAUGCAAGAGUCAUCCAGACUGGAGAGAUUUCAAAACAUUUGUUACAAACUAAGUCGCAGAAGAAGCAUCCCUUUCAUCACUCAGAAACAUUUACAGCAGGCGGCGGUACGAGUGGUUGAGGAUGUCAAAGCAAAGCAGUAGGAGCAAAGGUCGGACCCCCUUAGAUUGAAACCCCCCUCUCAGAGGAUUUAGCCCCCAGUUCUAGAUCCCUUCUUGUGUCACUGACACCUGUCGUGCAGAGCCUUGCCUCUUGGAGUGGACGUAGUGAUAGAAAACAUCACAAUUAACACGGCGAGGUCGGUCUCUUGUAUUUUGACGCUUCAACGCUUUUUUGUCACUCAUUACAAAUCCACAGAAAAACGAAGAUGUGUUUGUGACCUCAUUAAUAUGUGUCCAUUGUUGGUGUCAUACAUUCACUGUCUGUAUUUUAUCACAGUCAUUGUCUACUGUAUUAUUGUAAGGGAUAACUAUAUAUAUAGAAGAACACAUGUAUGACUGUGUCAAACGUUUGAUUCACCAUGUUGUCAGUAUUUCAGAGGACGAGUGAAGAACUCCAGGAUCUGUGUUUUUUGUUUCUUUGAUUCCUUCUUGCUGACGGAGAAGUAAAAUGAACUCUGCAUGAAAAAUGCUUUACCUUUUUAUUAGUAAGAGUUUAUAUUACACAUAACAUAUUCAGAUGAUUUAUGUUCUUUGUGUCAGCAGUGCUCCAAAAGUGUGAUCCAAGCUACUCUGUGUGAAAAUAAGGCAAUAUAUUUGAAGAAAAAAAUGCUUUUCACAAUGCUUUCCAUGUGCCAAAUAUUUUUUGUUUUCCAGGAAACAGGCAUACCUAAAAUAAAGAUUUAAAAGAUGUGA